AUGGAAGUAUCUACUAAGGCAAAAUUGGGGCUGAUGCUGCCGGCCCAGCCGCCCAGUGGCAAUUGGCACUACCAGUUUCGGAUCCUCCUGCUGGGCGAUUCCACCGUGGGCAAAACAUCCCUGCUGCGGCGAUACACAGAGCGAUGCUUCAUCCCAACCCCGUGUCCCACCGUGGGCGUAGAGUUCUACAGCAAGAUGAUGGAGCUGCCUCCAGGAAUCAGGGUGAAGCUUCAGCUCUGGGACACUGCCGGUCAGGAGAGGUUCAGGUGCAUCACCAGGUCUUUCUACCGCAAUGCGGUUGGUGUGCUGCUGAUCUUUGAUAUGACCAACCGAAGGUCCUUUGAGAGCAUCUUUGAUUGGUACAAUGAGGUGACCAACGUGAUGGACAAAGUAAUUUUCCUCCUAGUUGGUCACAAGUGCGAUCUCGAGUCCAUGAACAGGGUCACCCUGGAGGAAGCAGAGGGCUUGGCUACUUCUCUAGGCACAUCUUUCAUAGAGACAUCUGCCAAAACUGACACCAACAUAGACCUGGCUUUCGAGACCAUCACCAAUGCUAUCUACGAGGCUCUGAGAAACAAAGAGUUUGACUUGCAGGAAGGCUGGGAUGGUGUGAAAAUCGUGUAUAAGAGGAGGGCGAGCAGUCUGCAAAGGAAGAAGCCAUCCAAAGAAGCAUGCCAGUGUUAA